ACUCUUAAAGGGGCCGCCGGCAAUCGCAGGCGGGCGCCCAGCGCCCGGGCCGGGGCGGUCGUAUGAGCCGUGCGCGGCGGGUGCUGUGCCGGGCCUGCCUCGCGCUGGCCGCGGUCCUGGCUGUGUUGCUGCUCCUGCCGCUGCCGCUGCCGCUACCGCCGCCGCUGCCUCGCGCGCCGGCACUGGACCCCGGUCGGGUCCCGACCCGGAGCCUGACCCUCGAGGUCUCCCGCCUGCAACCCGACGACGUCUUCAUUGCAGUCAAGACCACUCGGAAGAACCACGGCCCGCGCCUGCGGCUGCUGCUGCGUACCUGGAUCUCACGAGCCCCACGGCAGACGUUCAUUUUCACCGAUGGAGACGACCCUGAGCUCCAGCUGCUGGCAGGCGGCCGCAUGAUCAACACCAAUUGCUCUGCUGUGCGCACCCGCCAAGCGCUGUGCUGUAAAAUGUCAGUGGAAUACGAUACGUUCAUAGAAUCUGGACGAAAAUGGUUCUGCCACGUGGAUGAUGACAACUACGUGAACCCCAAAAGCCUGCUGCACCUGCUUUCCACCUUCUCUUCCAACCAGGACAUCUACCUGGGGCGACCCAGUCUGGACCACCCCAUCGAAGCCACAGAGAGGGUCCAGGGCGGUGGCACCUCAAACACAGUGAAAUUCUGGUUUGCUACUGGUGGGGCUGGGUUCUGCCUGAGCAGGGGCCUUGCCCUCAAAAUGAGCCCAUGGGCCAGCCUAGGCAGUUUCAUGAGCACAGCAGAGCGUGUUCGGCUGCCUGAUGACUGCACAGUAGGAUACAUUGUGGAAGGACUUCUGGGUGCCCGUCUGCUCCGUAGCCCCCUGUUCCACUCCCACCUGGAAAACCUGCAGAGGCUGCCGUCUACUGCCGUUCUGCAGCAGGUUACCCUGAGCUAUGGGGGUCCUGAGAACCCACAUAACGUGGUGAAUGUAGCUGGAAGCUUCAGCAUACAACAGGACCCAACACGAUUUCAGUCUGUGCACUGCCUUCUCUACCCAGACACCCACUGGUGUCCCGUGAAGAACAGGGUUGAGGAAGCUUUUCCGUAACUGGUGACCCCUGGUGGCUGCUCUGUCCGGCUCCCUCAGGCCUUGGACUCGGGCAGUCAGCAGAAGCUGGAGCUUCUUGAAGGCCUCCCAUGACCCUGGUCCCAGUUGGACACCAGGUACCUCCCUCGGGAAAGUGAGACCCUGGGCUGUGCAUGCUGAGACAUCCAGGAAAAGAGAAAGGCAAGGCUUCUGAACCACCAAUGCCUCCAGCCCAGCCCAAAGGUCCUUCCCAUGGAUAAGGUCUGCUACCCCAGCUACCCCAGUGAUUGUGGCCAGGAGGGGACUGGUUCCCACCUUUCCAUAGCUGCAGUUGCCCUCACCUGCAGAAGAUGGUGCCAGGAGGGCCAGUCAUUAAGUGAUAGGCUUCAGGCCUGGCCACUAGCUCUUGCUGGAGGGCUCAAAGAACCACCACUACAGUCAGAAUGUGCAGACUGUGUGGCCAGUGGACACUUAGUGCCAGCUUCAAAGCUGUGUUUCCACACAGGGCUGCUCUUCUCCCCUUCCCUCCUUCCUUGAGACCGCUUGAGUCCUCCCAGAGACACCGCUGGGAGACUUCCUCCCUCUAACUUGGUAUUCAGGAUGCUUCCCCUCUGUGCUUCCCAUCUCUAGAGCCUUUCCUGGGCUCCUCAGGAGCAGGAUGCAGGCCCAUCAGCUUUUACAGGGGUGCCCCGUGGGGAAGCGGGUACAGUGUUGAGUAAAGGCUUCUUUGUCUUCUUA